CAGGGUGUUCGCAGCGCCCGGUCCGCACCCCACGCCCGCAGCCGACAGACGGCAGCGCCUGCGCCCGCGCCCGCCCCAGCGGAUGCGCGGGAGCCUGCGGGAGCAAAGGCGCGGCGGCCCGCCGGCGGCACGAUCUCCUGCUCCCUCCCCGGCUCUCUGCGCCCGGGGGAAGCCAAGCAAGGAAGCCCCAGCAACCGGUCCUCCAAAAUGAAGAAGCUCAAGGGAGCUCAUCUCCGCAAGCCUGUCACUCCAGACCUGCUGAUGACCCCCAGUGACCAGGGCGACGUGGACCUGGAUGGGGACUUUGCUGCAGACAGGGGAAACUGGACAGGCAAGCUGGACUUCCUGCUGUCCUGCAUCGGCUACUGUGUGGGCCUGGGGAACGUCUGGCGGUUCCCCUAUCGAGCCUACACCAACGGAGGAGGAGCCUUCCUCGUGCCCUACUUCCUCAUGCUGGCCAUCUGUGGCAUCCCCCUCUUCUUCCUUGAGCUCUCUAUGGGACAGUUCUCCAGCCUGGGACCCCUGGCCGUCUGGAAAAUCAGCCCCCUCUUCAAAGGUGCCGGUGCGGCCAUGCUGCUCAUUGUCGGCCUGGUGGCCAUCUACUACAACAUGAUCAUCGCCUACGUCCUCUUCUACCUCUUCGCCUCCCUCACCAGCCACCUGCCUUGGGAGCACUGUGGCAACUGGUGGAACACGGACCUCUGCCUUGAGCACAGAGGCUCAAAGGACGGCAACGGGGCCCUGCCCCUCAACCUCACCAGCACUGUCAGCCCCAGCGAGGAGUACUGGAGCCGAUACGUCCUCCACAUCCAAGGCAGCCAAGGCAUCGGGAGUCCCGGGGAGAUCCGCUGGAACCUCUGCCUCUGCCUGCUGCUUGCCUGGGUCAUUGUGUUCCUCUGUAUCCUCAAGGGCGUGAAGUCUUCCGGCAAGGUGGUGUAUUUCACGGCCACAUUCCCGUACCUCAUCCUUCUCAUGCUGUUGGUCCGCGGAGUCACCCUCCCAGGGGCCUGGAAGGGCAUCCAGUUCUAUCUCACCCCCCAGUUCCACCAUCUGCUGUCUUCCAAGGUGUGGAUCGAGGCUGCCCUUCAGAUUUUCUACUCCCUGGGUGUGGGCUUCGGGGGUCUCCUCACCUUUGCCUCCUACAACACAUUUCACCAGAACAUCUAUAGAGACACCUUCAUCGUCACUCUGGGCAAUGCCAUCACCAGCAUCCUGGCUGGCUUCGCCAUCUUCUCCGUGCUCGGCUACAUGUCUCAGGAGCUGGGGGUGCCUGUGAACCAAGUAGCCAAAGCAGGCCCGGGCCUGGCCUUUGUUGUCUACCCACAGGCUAUGACCAUGCUGCCCCUGUCCCCCUUCUGGUCCUUCCUCUUCUUCUUCAUGCUGCUGACCCUCGGCUUGGACAGCCAGUUUGCCUUCCUGGAGACCAUCGUGACAGCCGUGACGGACGAGUUCCCGUACUACUUGCGGCCUAAGAAGGCUGUGUUCUCAGGGCUUAUCUGCGGGGCCAUGUACCUGAUGGGGCUGAUCCUCACCACAGACGGAGGCAUGUACUGGCUGGUCCUUCUGGAUGACUACAGCGCUAGCUUCGGGCUCAUGGUGGUGGUGAUCACCACAUGCCUCGCAGUUACCCGGGUUUAUGGCAUCCAGAGGUUCUGCCGAGACGUCCACAUGAUGCUGGGCUUCAAGCCUGGCCUCUACUUCAGGGCCUGCUGGCUGCUCCUGUCUCCGGCCACGCUCCUGGCUCUGCUGGUGUACAGCAUCAUCAAGUACCAGCCCUCGGAGUAUGGCAGCUACCGCUUCCCAGCCUGGGCGGAGCUGCUGGGCAUCUUGAUGGGCCUGCUAUCCUGCCUCAUGAUCCCAGCCGGCAUGCUGGUGGCCGUGCUUCGAGAGGAGGGCUCGCUCUGGGAGCGGCUGCAGCAGGCCAGCCGGCCGGCCAUGGACUGGGGCCCGUCGCUGGAGGAGAAUCGGACAGGCAUGUAUGUGGCCACACUGGCCGGGAGCCAGUCGCCCAAGCCACUGAUGGUGCACAUGCGCAAGUAUGGGGGCAUCACCAGCUUCGAGAACACGGCCAUUGAGGUGGACCGGGAGAUCGCCGAGGAGGAGGAGUCCAUGAUGUGAGGCCGGAGGAGGCCCUGCCCAUGCCUGGCAGGCCUUUCCCGGAACCCGCGAGGGGCAGCUGCGCCCUCUGAUGUUCUGAGGGGCUGGAGGCCGUGGGAGGUUAUGAUGAUGUGGGACCCCCGUGCAAGCCCCUCCUUGUAGGCCUCAGCUGCUCUUGAAACUUGUCUACCCCCUCCACACACACACACACACACACACACACACACACACGCACACUCAGACCCAUUCAAAGCCGAGAAACAGCCGGCCCAAACUUCACUUUACAAGUGGGCAAACUGAGGCCAGGGAGGGGGGACUUGACCCGGGCCACCUGACCAGCAGCUCUCUUUCCCAGACACCAACGGGCACACCUUCUUGUCUCUGUCCAGGGCAGACCCGUCCAUUUUCUUUGGGAGCCUGUCCCCACACACGUUAACACAACCAGGGUCUUGAGCAGGGGCAGAGAAUGUUCCAGGACAGCCAGGCUCCCAGGCUUGGGGAAUGUGCAGCAGAGGUGGGGAGAAAGAUCCUGUGGGUUCCGGAGUGCAGGGCCGGUUUCCUGAGGGAGGUGGGACCUGGCAGGGCCCUGGAGGAUGGGGAAGGAUUGGAGAAAGGCAGAGGGCAGGGUGGGGUGGGCCUCUGGGGGAGGGCUCCUGCACGAGGAGCUGACCGAGCAAUGAAAAGUACAGCGAUGGGAACGUGACCUCCUCCUCGGGGGCAGAAACCAGGGGUGGGAGGAGCAGCGAAAGUGAUUGGAGAAGUUGGUGUUAGCAGGUUCCUGGAAGCCUUCAAGUCAGAAGAAUGGAUGGGGAGUGGGGAGCAGGGAAUUUGCAUGGUCUGUGUUUUUGAUAGAAUAUCACU